AUGACCGACGAAAAGGAAACAGGCGCCCACAAGCCAGACCUACUCGUGCUCGUCUGGGUCCAUGGCUUCAAGGGCAACGAUGUGACGUUUGAGGGCUUCCCAUCGCGCAUCGUUAGAAUCCUCGAGGACACGCAUCCCUCUCUACAUGUCCAGUCGCACGUGUUCCCGGCGUACGAGACACGCGGCGAGCUUAGCGCGGCGACGGAGAACUUUGUCGAGUGGCUCGCGACGAAAGUCGUUCAGCUGGAGAACGGUUCUGGCCGAGGACGAGGAGCCGGGAGUGCAAGGGUCGUGCUCCUGGGUCAUUCCAUGGGCGGGCUGCUGAUCGCGGACGCGACGUCGCGCAUCGCCGAUACGACGCGCAUCGACGACCCGAUGUGGCCCAACGUCAUGGCUACGCUGGCUUUCGACACGCCGUACCUCGGGCUACACCCUCACGUCUUUAAGCACGGCUUUUCGACAGCAGCGGGGCACGUCGAGACGGCGCGUAAUGCGGCGAGCGCGCUCGCCAUGCUGUCGCCUCUUGCUGCUGGGUUUGGGUUUGGCAAGGCAAAACAAGCAGAGGAGAAACAGAAGCGGGAGGAGGAGGAGGCGCGCGCACUCGGCCAGCGAACUCCGCCGCAGCAGAGCUGGUGGAACGCCAAAGCGGCCGUCGGGCUCGGCGCGAUCGCUGUCGCGGGGGCUGCGGCUGGCACAGUGUACUUCCGACGCGAGGAUUUGGCAACGGGAUGGAAGUGGGGCGCUGAACACAUGACGUUUGUGCGGAAUCUCUGGGACAAGCAGGCAAUGCGCGACCGGCUGGACCGAAUUACGGAACUCCAGAACAGUCGCAACGUCAGCUUUGCCAACUUCUACACCUGCCUUCCUGCUGGAGGGUCGCACCUCAUGCGGAGAACGUUCGCUAUAUUGCCCUCACCGAGUGAGGCGAUAGCGACGCACUGGAUGCCGGCGACCAACUCGAUCGCCAAGGAUGAGGUGACGGCCCACAUGGGCAUGUUCAACCCGCGCCAAAACGACGGGUUCUACGACCUCGGCCUGGCAACUGCGCGUAUCAUUGCCGAGCGAUUACAGGAGGAGGGGAUCCAGCGCGCGGGCGGCGUAAAGGGAGACGCAGAGAGCGUGAGCGAGAAGAUGGGGCCGGCAGUGGGGAGCGGUACAUCUGAUGAUCCCGUGCUUGUAGACAUUUAG